AUGUCCCAGAGCGCGCUCGUGUCUCAGGGCGUCGGGGACCCUUUCCAACACCUCGCUUCCGAGAUACGAGAAAUGAUUGUAACCUAUCUUGAUUGCUACGAAAACUUAGACAGUCUGUGUCUAGCUUCACCUAUCAUGAGAAAGGAACGGCAGACAAGUACACUGCUGUUAACAUCGGAAUACUUGGAACGAAUCUUCGGCGGCACACAUGACGGCGCUUUCAUCGAGGCUCAUAUUUACUCGCUACUUUCCAAAUAUGGACUGUCCGAAGAGAACUUCGCGCUCUGGAAGAAGAGGAAGCUCCCCCAUCCGCUGUUUUCAAGCCGACAGGACAUCGUGUUCCGAAUGAACGCUCUAUACCACCGCCUGAUGGACUGUUUCAACUUUGGCCCUGAAAUUGUCCCGUGGUUUAUCAAAAAGUUACCUUACAGUGUAUUCGCUCACUACGCUGCGGCGGCGUUCGGGAGAAACGGAGAAAAAUUCCCGAUAUCACUGCAUGAUGCAACAAACGCUGAGAAGGGGCAGGUCUUUUUCUUCUUGAUUGCGGUAAAUAUGGCGGGAAACCCAUACAUAUACGAGCAUGAAGCUUCCCGUCGGCAAUACUGUGAGCAAGAUCUGGGAUUAAAGGGACAGGAUUUUGUCGUUUGCAAGCCCAACUUCCCCAUCUCGACUAAAGAAGGGGCAAAUGCGCGAAGUUUUAUGCAGGACGUUAUGGGCGAUGCCCACAGAGUGGAGGUUCAUGGAAGCAGAACUAAGUCUUUAAUUGAUCGACGUCGAUUUAGGAAUGACGGCAUUCUAAGUUGA